CGCGCGCGCUCCGCCCGCCCCGGAGCCUCGCCCUCCGCCACGAUGAGCAAAUGAGCGCGAGCGAGGGCAUGAAAUUUAAAUUCCAUUCAGGGGAGAAAGUGCUGUGCUUCGAGCCUGACCCCACCAAGGCGCGAGUGCUGUACGAUGCCAAGAUCGUCGAUGUUAUUGUUGGGAAAGACGAAAAAGGCAGAAAGAUCCCAGAAUAUCUGAUCCAUUUUAAUGGUUGGAACAGAAGCUGGGAUAGAUGGGCAGCAGAGGAUCAUGUCCUUCGUGACACUGAUGAAAAUCGGAGAUUACAGCGGAAAUUGGCCAAAAAAGCUGUAGCUCGCCUGAGAAGCACAGGAAGAAAGAGGAAGCGUUGCAGGUUGCCUGGUGUGGACUCUGUCUUAAAAAGCCUCCCUGCUGACGAAAAAGAUGAAAACGAUGAAAACUCAAUAAGCAGUUCCUCUGACAGUGAAGAAAAGGAUGGAGAAAUAAGUGAAGAGGGUGAUAUUGAAGAAAAGACUGAAGUGAAGGAAGGACCAGAGCUGCACGCAAAAAAGGAAAUGGAAGAAAGAACAAUAACUAUAGAAAUCCCUGAAGUUCUGAAGAAGAAGCUUGAGGAUGAUUGUUACUAUAUCAACAGGAGGAAACGGUUAGUGAAACUUCCAUGCCAGACCAACAUCAUAACUAUUUUGGAAUCAUACGUGAAGCAUUUUGCUAUCAAUGCAGCCUUUUCAGCCAAUGAGAGGCCUCGUCACCAUCAUGCUAUGCCACAUGCCAACAUGAAUGUGCAUUAUAUCCCAGCAGAAAAGAACGUUGACCUUUGUAAGGAGAUGGUGGAUGGAUUAAGAAUAACCUUUGAUUACACUCUCCCAUUGGUUUUGCUCUAUCCAUAUGAACAAGUUCAGUAUAAAAAGGUGACUUCGUCCAAAUUUUUUCUUCCGAUUAAGGAAAGUACCACAAACACUAAUAGGAACCAGGAAGAGCUCUCUCCAAGCCCACCUUUGCUGAAUCCAUCCACACCACAGUCCACAGAGAGUCAGCCAAACUCAGGCGAACCAACCACCCCCAAAAGGCGCAAAGGCGAGCCGGAAGCCUUGCAGUCUCUGAGGCGGUCCACGCGCCACUCUGCCAACUGUGACAGGCUGUCUGAGAGCAGCGCCUCGCCCCAGCCCAAGCGCCGGCAGCAGGACACAUCUGCCAGCAUGCCCAAGCUGUUCCUGCACCUGGAAAAGAAGACACCUGUUCAUAGCAGAUCGUCCUCGCCUGUUCCUCUGACCCCUAGCAAGGAAGGGAGUGCAGUGUUUGCUGGUUUUGAAGGCAGAAGAACUAAUGAAAUAAAUGAGGUCCUCUCCUGGAAACUUGUACCCGAUAGUUACCCUCCAGGUGACCAACCACCUCCUCCCUCUUACAUUUAUGGAGCACAACACUUGCUGCGUUUGUUUGUGAAACUUCCAGAAAUCCUUGGAAAGAUGUCCUUUUCUGAGAAGAAUCUGAAGGCUUUACUGAAGCACUUUGAUCUCUUUCUGAGGUUUUUAGCAGAGUACCAUGAUGACUUCUUCCCAGAGUCUGCCUAUGUUGCUGCCUGUGAGGCGCACUACAGCACGAAGAAUCCCAGGGCGAUUUAUUAAGGUUUCGAUGGUCCUAGAAGAACAGCUUCUCUAUCUAGUUCUCGGUUCCCAGUAAAGAACUAGGGAGUCAGUGGGCCUUCUUUAUGCAGAAAGCAAAUGUGACACCCACCCUGGGGGGCUUUGGCAGAGGUGGGCCCAUUCGUUUGAGUUGCUUACCUAUUGUAGUUAUUUCUGUUAAGGGUUACUUCCUCGGUGCCUCGAUGGCCUACAACAUCUAACCCUUGCCACCGUACACAUGGUUUGUGUUGGCAGGAAAACAGCGGCUGUGUUAACAAUUAAUUGUUCAUGAACAUGUGCUUAGAUUGGGCUGUUUCAGUAGACGGAGGUACUUGUUAGCAGUAACCACGUCUUUUAGUUAUUUGUUAGCAUUGAACAAAAUUGUUUUGCAAACUGUUUUCAUUCUUGUGAUAAGGUUGAGCAACUCUGUCCCACAAAUUCUAGUUUUGCUUGGAAACUGCAAAGUAGUCCCCGAAUAUUUUAGAGGGAGUCGAUAUUGACGGCAAAAGAAAAUUUGCAGCUAUACAUUUGCUUGUUACAGUUCCUUUUCUAUAAAACCUUAUUUUUGGUGAUUUAAAUAAAGCAUUGCCUGAAUGUUUGAGAUUUUUAUAGCUACACUUGGUUGUGUAAUAUUAUGGUUCCUUUUCUGUAAAAUGUUAUUUUUGGCCAUUUCAAAUAAAUCAUUUCCCAUCUUA